AUGCAGAUCAACGGCAAGAUUAUCAUACCAGGAUUUUUCGUUGUUGUUCUUCUCCUCAUAGCUAGUACCGUCAUUUUGGGUGUUUUAUAUGGUAUAGAACAACGAGAGACGAAACAAAUCGAAAAAGGUAUAUGGACAUCAAUCAUAAAUCCAAUAACAUACUCUCAGUCAUCAGUAGAAAAACUGCUAAACCAAGGUGGUUAUAUUAUGAUGAGUGCCGGACGUAAUAAUAAAAUGCCGAGUGAUCAAAAUUUAAGUGAUGAGACCAUUCGAGAGCGAAAUGUGAAUUUAACGAUUGAUUUAACUAAUACAUAUGCGUAUUCAUCUAUGUUCGGUUUCUAUAAUGGCGAUAAUGAAACAAGUUUCUUCGUUAUUCUACACAAUAUUUCACCGGAUACAGAACGUAAUGUAUUUAUUGAAUUGGGUCAAAAAUAUAAUCAAGAGUCUAUCAUCUAUGUCAAACGUGCAACUCCUACCAUACAGCAGUUUAUUUAUACAACAGGUGAAUUUAGUGGUAAAUAUGUCGAAGGACAAGGAUACAAAGUACUUUCGACUAAUAUAACAGAUGAUUAUAGUGAAUUAAAUGUAUGUCCAGACGACAUAUUUAAGUUUACUCUAAAUUUUAAUUUCGAAAUAAUGAUUAUGGGAAAUACUCGCAUAAAAACAAGACAACUGAUCGAUCAUCAUACGAACUAUAUAAGGGCUAAUCGAAAGAGACAAACUUUUUGA